AUGUCGCGAAGCGCUCAACUAAUCUCUGUUCGCACAGCAUUCAAUCGCGAAAGUCAAUCCGACGAAGCCGAGCGCGAAUACGACCGCCUCCGUGAUCUCGCACGACAAGAAGCAGCCAAACGAUCAUCCUGUCUGGCACGGUCCCAAGAAGCCUAUAAGCGCGGCGACGGGGCAGCAGCCCACGCGCUGUCCGAGGAAGGCAAAGCGCACGGUCGAAAAAUGGAAGAAUACAACAAACAAGCGUCCGAGUUUAUCUUUCGAGAAAACAAUGCGCCCGGCAGAGUCGCUCCGGACACGAUAGAUCUGCAUGGCCAGUACGUCGAAGAAGCGGAAGAUAUACUGGAAGAGCGGAUCCGGUAUGCUCAGGCGCACGGCGAGGACCAUUUACAUGUCGUGGUUGGCAAGGGCAACCAUAGCGAUGGACAUAUACAGAAACUCAAGCCGAGAGUCGAACAGGUCUGCAAGGAGUUGGGGCUACAGUAUCGCACGGAACCGAAUGAAGGCAGAAUAUAUGUCGACUUACGAGGUGGGAAUAAUGGGAAUUGGGCGGGAGGCUAUCAACCGCAGCAGCAGCCGGCGUAUCAGCAGCAAACUGGGCAACAAGGGUAUGGAUAUGGACAGCAGCAGGCAUAUCAACAGUAUCCGUCGCAACCUCACCAGCAACAGCAUCAGCAACAGCAACAGCAUGGACAACAAAGCCAAACGGAUCAGGUGGAAAAGGUGGUUAAGAAAUUCCUGCCGAGGAUUAUUAACAAGAUACUUCGGUGGCUAUGUUGA